GCCAAUUUCAUCUCCAUGACCUGGACCAGAUGUGACAGUAGUUUAUCACAGGAAUCUUUACAGAAACCUCAACCAUUUGGAACUCAGAAACUCAUUUGGGGCUGACUGUGGUUUCUAGAACAUCCAGGUGUUCUGCAGAUGGGAGAGUCACCAUCCUUCAGUGACCAGCUGGAGUCUGAAACAUAUGCAAGGCUGGAGACGUGACUCAAACACCCCUGGAUACAGAGGGUCACUUGCUGAGUGGCCAAUGAGUGUCCCUGAUAUUGCGAUCUGAUUGUCACACCCAGCAGUCUUCCUGGUGAAUGGCAGUGGGCAGAAACCAUCUCCAAAGUUUCCCGGCGCUCUUUGAAUUAGCAUUCCAGAUGGGGACUUUGUUUCUGUAGCUCCCUCCAUUCCGCUGCCACCAGUAUGUCCUUGCAAACUGUACUUCGGUUCCCUGGGAACUUCCUGCCUUGAAAGUGUGCAGAGAAAACUCUUGGGAAAAUCUCUGGUGGUGACUGGCCAUCACUCAAGAAGAUAGAAACCUUCCCUCUGCCACCAUGGGGUGGCUUCUACUAAAGGUUUUCUUGCUUGGCAUGACCUUCUCUGGCUUUCUUUACCCAUUUGUGGAUUACAGUACCAGUGGAAACACAAAGGCGCAGAGACCCAAUAUUGUGAUUGUUUUGGCUGAUGACAUGGGGUGGGGUGAUCUGGGUGCAAACGGGGCGGAAACAACGGACACUGUCAGUCUUGAUAAGAUGGCUUCUGAAGGAAUGAGGUUCACGGAUUUCCACGCAGCUGCCUCCACCUGCUCUCCCUCCCGAGCCUCCCUGCUUACUGGCCGGCUGGGUCUUCGAAAUGGAGUCACACACAACUUUGCAGUCACCUCCGUGGGAGGCCUUCCGCUCAACGAGACCACCUUGGCAGAGGUGCUUCAUCAGGCUGGCUAUGUCACUGGGAUGAUAGGCAAAUGGCACCUUGGGCACCAUGGCUCUUAUCACCCCAGUUUCCGUGGUUUUGAUUACUACUUCGGCAUUCCAUACAGCCAUGAUAUGGGCUGUACUGAUACCCCAGGCUAUAACCACCCUCCUUGUCCAGCAUGUCCACAGGGCGAUGGCCCAUUGAGGAACCCUGAGAAGGACUGUUACACAGAUGUGGCUCUUCCUCUCUAUGAAAACCUCAACAUUGUGGAACAGCCUGUGAACCUGAGUGGCCUUGCAGGGAGGUAUGCUGCAAAGGCAUCCGAGUUCAUUGAGCAGGCAAGCUCCAGCGGAAGACCCUUCCUGCUCUAUGUGGCCCUGGCCCAUAUGCACGUGCCUUUAUCUGUCACUCCACCAUUGGCAAACCCAUGGAGCCAAAGGCCAUACCGUGCAGGUCUCCGGGAGAUGGACAGUUUGGUUGGACAGAUCAAAGACAAAAUUGACCGCACAGCAAAAGAAAACACAUUCCUCUGGUUCACAGGGGACAAUGGCCCGUGGGCUCAGAAGUGUGAGCUUGCAGGCAGUGUGGGCCCCUUCGUUGGAUCAUGGCAAACCCACCAAGGGGGAAGUUCAGCCAAACAGACCACCUGGGAAGGUGGGCACCGAGUCCCAGCACUGGCUUACUGGCCUGGCAGAGUCCCCACCAACGUCACCAGCUCCGCCUUGUUAAGUGUGCUAGACAUUUUCCCCACUGUGGUAGCCCUGGCAGGAGCCAGCUUACCCCCAGGCCGGCGCUUUGAUGGACUGGACGCCUCCGAGGUGCUCUUGGGCAGGUCACAGGCAGGACACAGGGUGCUGUUCCACCCCAACAGUGGAGCUGCCGGAGAGCGCGGACUCUUGCAGACUGUCCGCCUGGGCCGUCACAAGGCUUUCUACAUCACCGGUGGAGCCAAAGCUUGCGACGGGCGCGUUGGGCCUGCACAGCACCACGCGCCUCCCCUGAUCUUCAACCUAGAAGAGGACGCUGCGGAAGGCGUGCCCCUACCACGAGAAAGUGCCGAGUACCAGGCCGUGCUGCCGGAGAUCGGGAAGGUUCUCGCCGACAUCCUUCAAGACAUUACAAACGACAACACCUCCAGGGCCGACUAUGCUCAGGACGCCUCAGCCAUCCCCUGCUGUGACCCCCACCACGUUGCCUGCCGCUGCCAGACCCUGUGAUGGAACAGCGGGAGGUUUACUUUCAAUUUGUUUGGACAUAAACACUUUCAAAAGAAGUCUCAGCAUUUUGUGUGGAAGUCGCCACAGUGUGUCAAGCCCCUCCUCCAUGGUAGCUUGCGAGAAGCCCUGAGCUGGCUCUGGCGCGGGAGCAUGGUGGGAGGAGACGCCCAAGGCCUCCGGGGGCGGGGCAGUGACCGGAGCCCACUCCCGAGCUGCCAGGGUAAGUAAGGUAAGGCUCGAAGGUACCUUGGCGUCACAGGGAGCGCUUCAUAUGUUUUUUUUUUUCUCUUCUGUUUCCAGCUUCACUGGCCCUGUUAGUAGAUUCAUUCUAAGUAACAGAGCCGAGCUGGUUUACCUUUGAUGUGCACACAAAUCACCUGGGAUCUUGUAAAAAUGCAAAAUCCAGCUCAGCAGGCCUGGGGGAGGACCCAGGAGCCUGGUAGACAGAGGAGCCCACGAAUAAGUCCUUGACUUUCCCUUUUCUGCCUCUUAAAGGUCAAAUGAAUGUAUCUGUAAAGAUUUAGGAGUUUUUUCCCUGUCCUCCCAAUUUCCAAGAAAUAAAAUUUUUAGAC